CACCACCACCACCACCUGCACCACCACCACCACCACCACCUGCACCACCUGCACCACCACCACCACCUGCACCACCACCACCACCACCCAUGGCGUGGCCGUGCAUCACGCGCGCCUGCUGCCUGGCGCGCUUCUGGGCCCAGCUGGACAAGGCGGACAUCUCCAUCCCCCUCGCCAUCCCCCUCGCCGCGCCGCGCUACUCCGAGCUGGGGGACUCCGAGGCCCCCCAAUCCGGGGGGCUCCUCCGGGGCGGGGCGCCCCCCUGCCAGGGUCUCCCCGCCGCAGCCGCCACCGCAGCCGCCGGGCUGCCGUCGAUCGCCACGGGGCCCUGGGGGAGCUCCGCGCCGGGGUCGGGCGGUGGCAGCGGUGGUGGCAGCGGUGGUGGCAGCGGUGGUGGCAGCGGUGGUGGCAGCGGUGGUGGUGGCGGGGCACCGGCGGCGUCCCGCGGUGUGGACGGCGGCAAGGAGCGCUCGGUGACGCAGAGCGACUACCGCUCGUGGAAGGUCCGCCCGGAGGCGAGUUGCAAACCGCGUGCCGAGUACCAGGCGAGCGACGAGCCCUUCCCCACGGAGACUCAGUACAAGCUGGACUUCCGCGCGUGGCCCCUGCAAACGAGGCGGGAGCGAUGCGGAGGAGGAGGAGGAGGAGGAGGAGGCGGUGGAGGAGGCGGCGGAGGCGGUGGCGGAGGCUCCGUCGGUCACUCCAGCCCAGGCGCCGCCACGUGGGAAGGGCCCGGUCACGUGACCGCCACGGACGGUGCCGCCGGGACCUCGUCGUACCGGGCCCAGUUCCGCCUGUGGCCGGACCCCUCGGCGGCCGCUCCGUGCCGGCCUCUCAAACUCCACCCCGUCUUCAAGUCGCCCUUCGAGCCUCCUCAUCCUCCUCCUCCUCAUCCUCCUCCUCAUCCUGUGGCCGCCGCCGGCGCCGGCGGCGGCGCCGGCGGUUCCGGAAUCUCCGGCCACAACAACCACAACGGCCUCCACCACGCGGGGUCAGCCGCGGCCAGGGCCUCGUCCUCCGCCAUCGCCAAGCGGGCCGCUGACCGCUUGUCAAGGGCCGGAGGGGCCCGCGGGACGCCCAGGGAGGGCGCCAAGGAGGGAGCCAAGGAGGGAGCCAAGGAGGGAGCCAAGGAGGGCGCCAAGGAGGGAGCCAAGGAGGGAGCCAAGGGGGCCACAGGGAAUCGACGGCCACUCGGGAAGGCUGGGGGGGCCGGGGGGGCCGGUGCCAGAAAAGUGAACAAGGCCGAGAAAACGGACAAGAAGCCUCCUGGCACCGCCGCCACCGCCGCCGCCGCCGCCGCCGCCACCGCCGCCCACAAGAGAGGCAGGGCCGGCACGGCCCACGUGGCCAAGUCCGGCGCUCGCGACUCGGCAACCGGCAGAACGGGAGCCAAAGCGCACGGGGGCGCCGGCGGCGGCGCCGUCGUGAAGACGGCGCCCAGCGGAGACGCCAACGCCGGCGGUGCCAGCGCCGGCGUUGGCGUCGCCGGUGGUGUCAACGCCGGUGGUGUCAACGCCGGUGGUGCCGGCGCCGGUGGUGCCAGCGCCGGUGGUGCCAACGCCGGUGGUGCCGGCGCCGGCACCGGCGGUGCCAACGCCGGUGGUGCCAGCGCCGGCGUCGACGCCGGCGGUGUCAACGGCGGCGGUGCCAACCCCAACGCGAGUGCCACUGCCCCCUCUGCGAGCGCCGGGGGUUCCACUGGCGCCACCGCCCGGUCGGAGAAAGAUGCGGCCACCCCCACACCGGGACGGGCCAAGGAGAACGGCCUCAAGGAGGGCGGUGCCGUUGGUGCCGGCGGCGGUGCCGGUGGUGCCGGUGGCGGUGCCGGUGGUGCCGUUGGUGCCGGUGGUGCCGUUGGUGGCGACGGCGGUGGGGCCCAGGCGGCGCCGGCUGCGGUGCGCCGAGCCGACGUCGCGCUCGCGUUCAGCAACAAGCUGAUCGAGGCGCGACAGUAGACCUGGUGACCCGGUGACCCGGUGCCAGAGACCCAGUGACCUGAUGACAUAGUGACCCAGUGACACGGUGACCCAGAUACCCAGUUACAUGGUGACCCAGUGACACGGUGACCCAGAUACCCAGUUACAUGGUGACCCAGUGACAUGGUGACCCAGAUACCCAGU